CCUUCCCUCCCUCCCUCCUUCCCUUCCUUCCUUCCCUCCCUUCUUCCCGGCGCCCGCCCCCAACUCAGGCUCAGCUUCCCGGGAACCCUCCGCUAGCCGAUCCCCGCCGCAGCGGCUUCUGCAACUGGCGCCCGCAGGCCGGAUCGAUCGAUCGAGAGGGGCGCAGAAGAAACCCAUCCGGAGGAGGAGAAGACAAAAGACAGGCAGGCAACCCACCUAUCCACCCCCUUUUCGGCUUCAUCCCUUAUUGGUGCAAGAUCCCAGCCGUGCGCAGCAGCGGCCGAGCAGAGCCGGGGAGGGCAGGAAAGCGAGAAGAGGAGGAGGAGGAGGAGGGCGUUUGUAACCAGGGACGACCGCGGCAACACUUGGCACGGCUCUGGGCAGGAGAGAGAAGAAGGGAAGGAAGCUGAGCUCUCCGGUUCCUUUGCAAAAAGAGAGCAGGUUGAAGGGGGGAGGGAAAAAGGAAGCAAGAAAGAAACCCAUUCAUUGAUUCCUGGCCUUCCGCUUACUGGCUUCUUCUUCUCCUUGUCUUUGGAAUUCUCCCUCCUUCUCUCUCUCUUCUUCUUCCUUCCCUUCCCUUCUUCCUGUUGUUUUCCUUUGGGGGACGCAGAGAAAACGUCAGCUUCCCCCACCCCACCCCACCCCCACCAGCCCGUCAUGGAGCCAAGGGCUGCUUGUCAUCUGCAGAUGCUCCUUUGAAGACCCCCCGAAAGACGCCCAAAGAAGGACUCGUCUCGGCUGCUGUCGUCUGUCGGAACCUCUCCGGAUUGCAGAGGAUCCCUCCCACCGUUUUCCCCAUCCUCUGCCGCUCCCCCCUCCCCACUCCUGCAGCUCGUGGGGGGGGGAUUGCAAGGGAGACCGAGAGGGUCCGCUUUGGAGGGCCAAGCGGUCCCUCUCCCCCUGGACUUUGCCCCCCUCCCGGCAAGCUUCCUAUAUGAGUCUUCCUGCAGCCCAGGAGAGCCGUCGGGCCCAGUUGAUGCCUUGCUGAGCCUGGAAGAGCCUGCAUUCGCCUGCACCAUGGGCAAAUCCAACAGCAAACUGAAGCCUGAAGUAGUGGAAGAGCUGACCAGGAAAACAUACUUCACAGAGAAAGAAGUCCAGCAAUGGUAUAAAGGUUUUAUUAAGGACUGCCCAAGUGGACAAUUGGACGCAGCCGGAUUUCAGAAAAUCUACAAGCAAUUUUUCCCAUUUGGCGACCCAACCAAGUUUGCGACGUUCGUUUUUAAUGUCUUUGAUGAAAACAAAGAUGGAAGAAUCGAGUUUUCCGAAUUCAUCCAGGCCCUUUCGGUCACUUCCCGAGGAACUCUGGAUGAAAAACUGCGGUGGGCCUUUAAACUGUAUGAUCUGGAUAAUGACGGCUACAUCACAAGAAAUGAGAUGCUGGACAUUGUAGAUGCUAUUUACCAGAUGGUGGGUAACACGGUGGAGCUGCCGGAAGAAGAGAACACACCGGAGAAGAGGGUGGACCGGAUUUUUGCCAUGAUGGACAAAAACGCUGAUGGGAAAUUAACCUUGCAGGAGUUCCAGGAAGGUUCUAAAGCCGAUCCUUCCAUUGUUCAGGCACUUUCUCUCUAUGAUGGACUGGUAUAGACGCAGCGUCUCGGCUUUGGCGCAUCGAGAAGUUCUUCUUCCAGUGACUUCAAGCUGCCUCCCACAACGAGACCCGCGUCCGACGUUACUCUUCCGUUACUCGCAAGCAAGGGCCGCCUUCCAAGUCCGACCUCGGCCUCAAAAACCCUUUCCUGCUUGGAACCGUCCCCAUCGGACGAGCGGCUGCUUUGAUUAUCAUUAUUAUUAUUAUUUUAAAAAAAGAGAGACAGACAAAGGAAGGGCAGAGGGUGGGAAUCCCUUUAUGGGAUGGAGACGGUUCUCGCACACAUUUCCCCCCUUUGCGUUUUGUCUGGAAUGAACUUGAGAUUUCAUAUUUCUUCCCUAGGUUGGGGGGUGGGGGAGG